CUAUAUAUAUUUCCCCCCAAAGAUUGACUUCAAUAUUACAUCGAAACCUUGAUCUCAACCCCAUCACCAAAUCACCCUAUUAGCUAUGGAAAACAACACUGACAAGUUAUCCUCCUUGCCUGAACUUUUGUGUCUGUUCAUCAUUUCCUUGCUUCCAUUCAAGGAUGCCGUGAGGACGAGCAUUCUGUCCAAACAUUGGUUGCACAUAUGGAAAUAUUCACCUAAAAUAGAGUUUAGUGAAAAUUUUGAUGGAAAUUGUAUCGAUCGUUUUGAACCCUUCAGUUCCAUAAAAGCUCGGAGAAGUGCUUUCAUGAAAUUCAUAAAACUUUGGCUUGAUUUCCGAAAAGUAGGUGAGGUGGAAAAGUUUUCUUUGAAGUUCUCAAAGCCUAACAAUGAUCAUCGUGAGAUCAUAGAAGAGUGUGUCACCUUUGUCACCCAACAUGGGGUGAAGGAGUUGGAGCUAGAUUUCUCUGACCCCUUUUGGGAGGAGGAAGUGAUUCCAAACAAACGUAAGGCUUUGUUUGAAUUGCCAAAACUUGCGUAUGGGAACAAACCCAACAUUGAAUCACUGAAACUCUCUUCAUGUAGUUUUCGUGAAAAUUAUUUGAGUAAUUGGCAGGCACUUAAAGAAGUUACUUUCGGUUGGAUGGAAGUGACACUCGAUGCCAUGACAAUUGUGUUAUCCAAUUGUAAAAUGAUCGAGAGUUUAGUUUUGCACAAGUGUUGGAACUUGAGUCAUUUUGAAAUUGGCAGUGAAGCCUUGAGUCUAAAGAGGCUUGUUGUUGACAAGUGUUCUUUUCGAAAUGCUCUGUUCAAAGUCAGUGCCCCAAAUUUAUGCUUUUUCAAGUAUUUUGGGAAACUGUGUUUUUUUGAAAUGAAAAAUACCUUAGCCAUCGAAGAGGCACAUCUUCAUUUCUACCUUGGUUAUGACAAUGUUGGAACCGGUGCUAGGGUUAUGUAUGACCUGGUGAAAGAUCUCUAUAAUGCUAGGGUUCUGACUGUGAGCCCUUAUCUAAUUCAGGUUAUUCUUACGGGAGAAAAGAGACGUAUGGAACAUGACAUGAAUGCAAGACAUUUGAUACUGAGAAUGAACAUGCUCCGCUGUGAACUUCGUGCAGUCUCAUUCUUUCUCCUUAGCUGCCCAAUGUUAGAAUGCCUCACAUUUGAAUUAGGCUCAGAGAUUAUUUUACCAGAUUAUCAAGCAAUGUGGAUAGACAGUGAUGAAGAACAAGAUGAUCUACCACUGUGGAUUGACAGUGACGAAGACCAGGAUGAUCAAGCAAAGUGGAUGGACAAUGAUUUUGAGGAUUAUGAUGACGACGAUGAAGAUAACAUAGACGAUGAAGAUAACAUAUAUGAUGAUUACUGCAGAGAUUUUAUCAACAUGGUUGAUAAUCAAAUCAAGGGGAUGAAAAAUCUAAUCAACUAUAAUUGUUUGGAAUCAUCUUUAAAGCUAGUGGAGGUGAAGGAUUUUGUAGGGUCCAAGAACGGGCUUGUUUUUCUAUGCUAUCUUAUCCGUUAUGGGAAGGUCUUGAAAAAUGUUAGCAUCAACGUGUUAAAGACAGAGCUUGAAGGUAAUAGCAAUGUGGCAUUUUACCGUACAAUAGAAGAAUACUUGAUGACCACUCCUAGGGCUUCAAGUAAUUUGCAGAUAUCAAUAUGUUAUUGAGUUGUGAGAGAGUGCAUUGUCAAAAUGCUUCUUAAUAAUUUGUUUCCCAUGCAUAUUUGGUCUUUAAGAUCAUAUGCUUUGACUUGUUUUGAGAAGUCAUAAAUAACUCUAAAUAUUGUUCUAUGUUGGAUUA